CCCUGGGAGAUAGGUGGCUCCUGUGAAUGCCCCCUGCUCCUUCCCGCACUAAGAAGGUGUGGCUUCUCCUUUGACAGUCUCCAUUCUCGUUGCCUGGAGAAGUUUUUAGAAAGGCAACAUACCUGGCUUUCAGAGAACAAGGGCCCUGGUGGGCUCAGCAGGGAGCAGUGUGGACCGGAAGGAAGGGGGAAGGUCGCCAGGUCGCCAGACAGGAUUGUGGUCAAGAGCAUGCCACUUCCCAGAAGCCACUGGUUGGGGGAGGGGGGGCACUCUGCUCUGCUUUGCAUGUGGCCAGAAGGAGCUGUGCUGGCCCGUGCCCUGGUCAUCUGGGGGACGUGUCUGGCUGGCUGGGAAAGGUUAAUGAAACCACCCCGUGUCCCAGCCAAGCUUCAGGGGCUGUGCUAUGGCUCCCAUGGGGAGCAGGAGGGAGCUACUAACAGUAGGUGUAUCUGGAAGCACACCAGAGACUCACCGGGAAGUGCUUCUGAGAGCGGCCCACUGUUGCCAGGACUUGUGGGUAGGGCAGAGUAAGAGACAUCGUGGUGUCCUCCCCAUGAUAGAGGGACGGGAGACUGCUCAGCCCCGAAGGGAGGGCAUCUCGGCCUGCACCAGUUGCCUGAGUGUUUCACUGGACUUGUGUGGAUUGAAUUCAGAAUCUAGUCUUGUCGGCCUCAGUCCUCCCUCCUCAGGGCGCCACCCCACUCCCUGCUCUGGCCUUCCCUGGGGACCAGCUGGCCAUGGGAGAAGCAUCCUUUCUGACACACUGCUUGGGAUGACUUUGUCUCCUGGGAACUCACCUGGCUCAGACCACACAGCCAUUUCUGUGGGUCAGUCUUCUUGGCUGGGCUGCUGGGCAGGUGGGCAGAUGGUAGCACAAGCGCCCCCACCUGGUGUGGAAGAGUAGUGUCGCCCAAGCUUCUCGCUUGGUGCCUUCUCCUUUCUGUGUAGUGUUGGCCACAGCCUUAAGAGAGCCUGCCUUCUGGGAUCCUAGUCUAGAUUUCCUCACUUGGAGUUUGGUUUUCUUUUCCUUUCCCGUCUGCACUCUAUAGACAACCACAUUUGGCAUUCUCUGCCUGCUGACCACCCUAUCACGUGCUGUGACAAUAGGCCCUUCCGGCUGACCAUGAGUCUGCUUCCACCAGAGGCUGUCAGCGCCUACCCUGCCUCUGCCAGGGGGUCUAGGCUCCUCGCAUCAGACAAACAUGGUUCCCAUCCCAGCUCUGUAGUGGCUGGCAUUGGGCCUCUGGUCAUCUAUAAAAUGGAAAUAAGAAGGCCGAGUCCGUGACAUUGCUGGGACUAAAGGACAGCAUUGAUGCCAAGCCUGGCCCAUCCAUAGCCCCAGAGGCUUGUGGGAGGCCCCUCAUUGGUACUUGUUUCCUGUUUAUAUCCAUCCAUCCAUCCAUCCAUCCAUGGGACAGCUCCAUCCCUACCUAACCUGCAGGGGAACCUUCACAGCUCCUCUUUACCUAUAGACCAGGUAUUCAUUUUAGAGGAACUUUGCUGUGACUUGGUUUGUGGCUGGCUGGGAGAGCACGUGGGCAGGGAGGAGACCAUCUAGAGACACACAAACACAGAAUGCACGUGCACAGGGAGGAGGCCAUCUAGAGGCGUAUUAGGAAAGCCUGGGCUCCUGACCCUGUGUCCUUUCUGUUAGCACCGGCUAAAGGACCUCCUUAGGUUUUUCUGUUGAGGAAACGAUAGGCCAUGCAGGGCAGGGCCUGGUCCUUUUGGACAGGAAAGAAAACCCGCUGUCCAAACAGAAGCAUCCUGAGAAGUGGCUGCCUGUGGGACAUUUGUCAGCAGCCCUGCAAGAGGAGUAGCCCAUGCUAUCCUUGCUUACCCCCACCCCAGGACCCCCCUAGGGGCAGGUCUAUGUGUGUGGCUAGCCCUCUGUGUGCCCAUCCUCCCGCACAAGGUUGUCAUGCUCAGCUCCCAACAGGAAGCAGGCACGCAUUACUUACUCCCCUUGAACCGCGCGUGUGUGGCACAGCCGGUCAUAGCCCACCCGCAGAGUGCUGAAGGAGAUUUUUCUUAGAAGCCCGGUGUUUUAAUGGGACCUCCCACCUCUACAAAUACUUCUGUGCACCUCCCUUUGAACUCUUCCCCUGACAUGUGAGUGUCCACUCACAACUCGGUCAGCCUGCAGCUCCAGGUUUGGGGUCUGGACUCCAGCUCUAACAGUUGCUGCUCUCUGGGGGCCAGGAGGGAAAGGGACUGUGUACCUUUAAGGGGUUGGUCCGCGGGGAGCGCGAGGUUUGUUGGAAGCAGCUUCCUUUGGGGCCAUUUAAGAUCCCAGAUUUUUCUGCUACUUCAGACCUGGACAGCCCGUGGCCUCCGAGUGUCUCAGGGGCCCCAAGCGUUUGAGUCGUUGAAGAGCCUGCUGGGAACGUUGCCCUGGGAUCCAGCCUCGUCCAAGACACCUUGGCACUGCCACCAUCCUGGCCAGGAUGGGCCUGCUGUUCCUUGUCUUGCUGUUGCCACUUUCCUGCAUUUUGGGGCUGCCAUUCUACAACGGCUUCUACUAUUCCAGUGGCCGGCAUAGCAGGACCUUGGGCGAUGGCCAUGGGGAAGGCCCAUUCGCUGGAGUGAAGUUGAUGGUGGAGACGACUGAGGAGUCCCUGUUCAGUCACCUAGGAGCCAGUGUGACCCUGCCCUGCCACUACCGCUAUGAGCCAGCCCUGGCAUCCCCGAGACGCGUGCGUGUUAAGUGGUGGAAGCUACCAGAGGAUGGAUCCCCAGAGCAGGAUGUGCUCGUGGCCAUUGGGCAGAGGCACCGCUCCUUCGGGAACUACCAGGGGCGAGUACAGCUGCGGCAGGGCAAACAGCAAGAAGUCUCCCUGGAGCUUAGGGACCUGCGGCUGGAGGACUCUGGGCGCUACCGCUGUGAGGUCAUUGACGGGCUGGAGGAUGAGAGCGGCCUGGUAGAGCUGGAGCUUCGGGGUGUGGUUUUUCCCUACCAGCCCCGCGAAGGGCGCUACCAGCUCAACUUCCACGAGGCCCAAAAGGCCUGCCAGGAGCAGGGCGCUGUGAUGGCCUCCUUUGAGCAGCUCUUCCGUGCUUGGGAGGAGGGCCUGGACUGGUGCAACGCCGGCUGGCUGCAGGAUGCCUCCGUGCAGUACCCUAUUGCGCUGCCCCGGCAGCCCUGUGGAGGCCUCAGCCUGGCGCCUGGUGUUCGCAGUUAUGGCCAGCGCCACCACCGCCUGCACCGCUAUGAUGUGUUCUGCUUUGCGACUGUCUUCAAGGGGCGCGUGUACUACCUGGAGCACCCCGAGAAGCUGACGCUGCUGGAGGCCAGGGAGGCCUGCCAGGAGGACGGCGCACGGAUCUCCACCGUGGGCCAGCUCUUCGCUGCCUGGAAGUUCCGCGGCCUGGACCGCUGUGAUGCUGGCUGGCUGGCAGAUGGAAGUGCCCGCUACCCCAUAGUUCACCCCCGUCCAAACUGCGGGCCCCCAGAGCCUGGGGUACGGACGUUCGGUUUUCCAGACCCACACACCCGCUAUGGCGUCUACUGUUACCGCCAGCGCUAGCAGGAUGGCCGGCUGUGUAUCCAUCCUGUCCCCUGACUUCCUGGGCCGACUUCCUGACACGAGGGUCCGCCUUGUCUCUUGUGAGUUGGGCAUUGCUUGUUUUGUUUUGUUUUUUUCAAGACAGGAUUUCUCUGUGUAGCUUUGGAGCCUGUCCUUGUAGACCAGGCUGGCCUCGAACUCACUGAGAUCCUCCUGUCUCUGCCUCCCAAGUGCUGGGAUUAAAGGUGUGUGCCACCACUGCCUAACUGACGAUGUAAACAUUUUUAAAGAUAUUGUUUUUUUUUUUUACAGAUCAAACUCUCAAUUCUCUUGACACCCCUCCCUAGGGCAUUUGAGGUUCACUGGGUCUUGAAAGGCUCUGCCAUGUUCUGGUACGGCUGGCAUCCCUAACCUGGCGAAACUGGUGUCCAGCAUGAGCAGUGGCUGCAGCUAGCCCCUUUCCUCGGCUUCUAGGGGCAUAAGGCUGAGUGCUGACUCUUUUAAUUUCUGCACAGGGUCCUUAGGUUUGUGGGGAGGGUUAGGGAAGGGAGAGCGCUCCCUCUUCUCCUGGUUCUAGAGUUGGACUGUCCUUUCCAUGUCCCCGUUGGGAAUGACCCUCUGGGUGUGUGUACCUCUCUUUGGCCAAUAAACGGUGCUUUCAUUCCCA